AUGGUUGCAACAUAUGGACAACGACAACGAAAUAAACGUCGUUUUCUCAUGAGUAUCAAUGGUCUUUUAUUAGCAUUAGCUAUCUUUAUUAUUAUUUCUAUGUCAAUCUAUUGGGGUUUUUUUGAAGAAUGGACCAUUUGGACAGAUUAUACUAUGGCUUGGGUUGAAUUCAAUUUUUUUAUUUAUUAUUGGGAUCGUUUGACUAUCACUCGUGUUUAUCUUGCAUUUAUUUAUAUUUAUGGUUUUGUUCUUCUUACAAUUAUGAUAUUACAAAUUCAUGGUUAUCGUCGUCGAAAUAUAUUUCUUAUAGAAUAUGUACCAUAUUCAUUAUUUGGUUUAGCACUUGUAACAAUACUUGGUGGUUUAUGUUGGUUUGCGGUUACAAUGAUCAAUAUGAAUGCUGGAUUUUUAACAAAAGAAACAUUUUUACUUGAAAGACUUCGUUUUAAAGGCAAUGCAUUUAAAGAAUUAAAAUAUCGUGAAGAAUCAUUCCUUUUGGUUACAUCUGGUCGUGUACCACCACGUGUUUUUAUAUUAACUGCUUUUGUUAAUCAACGUCAACGAGAUUUUCAUUGUUGUGGUUGGAAUUCUUAUCUUGAUUAUGCUAAUUCACAUAAAACAGAUUUACCAGAUACAUGUUGUCAUAAAUAUGAAACACAUUAUGGUUGUGGAAAAAAUAUGUUAAUUAAUCCUGAUCCAAAAAUAGUUAAUACACGUGGUUGUGGACCAUUAAUGAAAUAUUGGUAUCGACGAGGUUUUUGGGAAAAUAUAUUUAUGGGUUUAUUUGGAAUAUUUAUUGGUGUUUAUAUGUUAUUUGUAUUUCAACAGAAUAGAAAUGAAUAUGUACAAUUACGUGAUGAAGCUGAUGAUAAAAAACGUAUUUUAUAUUCACAUUCAAUGGGAUCACUUCGUUCAAUGAAUAGUAAUGGAGUAAAACAUCAAAUGAAAACAGGUUUACCACGUUAUUCAUAUAAUGGUAUGCGUGGUUCACCAUCAUAUGGUACAGGUGCUGGUUAUGAGUCAGAUAAUAAUAGCUCAAGUGUACUUUAUCAACCGCGUGCAGCAUAUAAUCCAAAAAUUUAG